UUCUCCUCCGGAGCGGCGAGCUGUUUGUAUUUCCGGCUUAACAUUGCCCUUGGUUUCCCUCAGGGGGUGAUAUGGAAAGAUAACUGGCUGUAUUGUCCCGACUUUGGAAGACUUUGUUUUAUGUGAACAUGGGGCUUUUUCUAGACGAAGCGAAAGUUCUGCCUCCACCGAGGAUUUUAAACAGAAAUUCAGUGUGGCUUGGCCUCUGCGGCUGGGCGACGGCGAUGCUGCACAACAACUUGAACCGCAGGCCUGCACUCAAAGCAGGUUUCCACCGCCAAGCACUGUUUGUGACCAUAGGAUGGUUCAUUGGCUACCAUCUAACAAAAUAUGAGAAUUACACAUAUGCCAGACUGGACAGAGACAUGAAUGAGUACAUCCGGCUGCACCCUGACCAGUUUCAGGAGAAAGAAAGGAAGACAUUUGCUGAAAUCGUGGAGCCAUUUCAUCCGAUCCGUUGAAUGGAUGUAGUCAUCACAAGAAAUAUGAAGACUAGUUGAAUUUCAUGUUCAACGAGCUUUACAACAACUGUUAUAAAUACUCGUAUAUUGAUUUGUGUUUUGUCCUUGAAAUUGCAUUAAACUAUUUAAAAGAAACCAGAUUUCU